AUGCGGAAGACGCCUAUCUUUGCUUUGGUUGCCACCCGCAAGGCGUUGGUUGGCAACGGCCCUACUUUCUCCACAGGUGGUGAGUGCAUGAACACGUGCGACAUCCAGAACGCUUUCCCCAUGAACGAGCGUGGGGUUCGUUCCUCGUCCCCAUUCAAGGAGCCCAAUACUGCCAUAUAUGACACCUACAUGUCAUGGACGUACUUUCAACCGAUGGACGUGGAUGUUGAAAAAAUUCCGGCGCCAGAGGCGAAAUACUACCAGCGGCAUACAAAGAAGCCAUGGGAUAUCUCCACAACCGAGCUGAUUGAGAUUCAGUCGCGUAAGAAGUACUUCCAGGUGUGGGGUUACCUUAUUGCCUUCAUCUACUUGUACUUCCUUAUGCCGAAGGAGAAGUCGUUCAGUGGCCUGCAUGGCCCAGACGGUCACUGGGUUAUGUUGCCGAAGUCUAGGCCAGAGCUCUUCUAG